CCCGGGCAGUAAAGUCGUUGGACUGUUUCAGUUUAGCGGCUACAAAAAUGAGGACCUUUCUUUUUUCCGAAAAGAUAUCCUUGAAAUAAUUGCUAUAUCCAAAGAUCCAAACUGGGCGCAUGCUAGGAAUAGCACUGGCUCAACAGGACUUAUUCCAUUGAGUUAUGUGAGAGAAUAUCGUAAGGAAAGGGCAGAUGAUCCUUAUGACUCUACGUGGUACCAUGGCCGCAUGUCUCGCACAGAAGUCCAACGAAUACUGUCUGGUCGUCCGGUUGGCAGCUUCCUUAUCAGAAGUUCUGAUAAAUUUCUUGGCGACUAUACCCUUUGCCUUGUUGGUCCCCCUUUGCCAGGAGAGAGCCAUACUUCCGUGACUCAGGAUUCUUCUGCCCCUGGUUCUACAAAUGUUGGCACCGUAGUAACUCUUAAAAAUCUCAGGCAGCAAACCAAUAUUCAAUAUUACCGUGUUUUGAAGAAGACCAAACUAGUAUUUGUCCGCUUACCUGGUGAAAGUGAUGCGACCAAGGCUGAGCGAACGUUAAAUGUCGAUGAGGAUGCUAUAACAAAUCAAUCUAGCUCUGAAGAAAUUUUUGAAGAUAAAGUUAGCUAUUCUCUAGACGAACAUGAUUGGUUCGACGGCCUCAGUGCACUAGUUGAAGUCCUCGACGAAUCGCCAGGCGACCUCGAUGAAUUAUGCUGA